CAGCAGCAAUGGGAGGCCAUACAGCACCCUAUGAAAAAAUGGAACCCACCAGCAGUGUGAGGAGACCUGAAAGUGGCACAUGGCAGAGUGUGGCGAUGGAGACAGCAGCAAUGGGAGGCCGUACAGGGACCCAUGACACACUCUGGACCUGGCAGCAGCAUGAGGAGGCGGUACAGGGGCCCAUGACAGAUUACGGGCCUGGCAGCAGCAUGAGGAGUCGGCGGUACAGGGGCCCAUGGCAGAGUGGCGGAGCGUAAGCAGCUAAAAUUGAAGGCCAUACAGAGGCCUAUGUUAAAAAGUCCCCCCAGCAGCAGCGUGGGGAGACGACUAUCAAGAGUCCAAUGGCAGAGUGGCGGAGCAGAAGCAGCUUCAAUUGAAGGCCAUACACAGGCCUAG